AAUUCCACUAAAUUAUUAUUAUGACACAUUUAAAUUUCCUCCUUUUUCAAAAAGGAAGCAAAACUGCACAGCACUGAAUGGGAGUUAGAAUUUUUUUCCUCUGUUAAGUUGAUUUUUAAAAAGCAUGUGUUUGAAGCUGCUCCAAGCUUUGGAGUGUAAUCUUGGCAGAGACGGAUUAAUGGUCAGCGUGCAGGUAAUGACAGACGUGUGCAGUGGCUGCAUGGGAGUGAUGGUGAGAUCUGGGUCUGGAUUAUGGGAGACUCCCCAGGUGACAAGCCAUAUGAACAGAUUUCUGAGGAACUAAUGGCAGAACGAGCCAGGCAACAAGCACAGAAGGAGGCAGAAGAACUAUGGAAGCAAAAAGAGGCUGAAAUUACAAAGAAGUUCCGGGAUGCUAUGGCUAAGGAGAAAGCCAAAAUAGUGGCAGAAAAAUGGAAAUUAGAAACAGAAGAUCGAAAAGCAGCCAAACUGAUGGAGGACAAAAUUCAGGAGGAAUUAAAGAAAAGAGAGGAAGAAGAGAGGCAGAGAGGUGAAGAACAGAUACGACAGCAAGAGGAACUUAGAGCAAAAGAGUUGUACUUGAGCCUCAAGCAAGCUCAACAGCACAGCCAACACAGUGAACAUGAGGACCAGGAGUGGAAAGAACAGUUGCGCCGCUCAAAGGCUGCAGAUGAGGAAAGGAGCCACAAAGCACGCAGGGCCCGGGAUGAAUAUCGACGGCAAUCCUUACGAGCCAUCCAGAAAGGAAAAGUGGCUGGCUUGAGUAACCUGUUCAAGGGGACCAGCCUGAAUAAUGAGCCAGAGAUAAAGCUGAACAGCAACAAUCCUAGCCCACUAAUGACGCUCACUACAUCAGUCAGGAAAGCUUGGGAGCGUCCUUCUAGACCCAUUUCCAGAGAAAUCCUCAUUCGCUGGUUCAAGGAGGAGCAGCUUCCACGACGUGCUGGGUUUGAGAGGAACACCUGUGCUAUAGCGCCCUGGUUUCAUGGUAUUAUUAGCCGCCAGGAGGCAGAAGAGCUGCUAAUGAACAAGUCUGAAGGAGCAUUCCUGGUGCGGGUCAGUGAGAAAAUCUGGGGCUAUGCCUUGUCUUAUCGCCAACAGAGUGGGUUCAAACACUUUUUGGUGGAUGCUUCGGGGGAUUUCUACAGCUUCUUGGGCGUGGAUCCCAACCGGCAUGCGACACUCACGGAUCUUAUUGAUUUUCACAAGGAAGAAAUUAUCACAUCCUCAGGUGGGGAGUUACUACUGGAACCAUGUGGACAGAGGAAGAAUCCACCUGACUACAGUUCCUUAUUUGAAUGACUAUUUUCUGUCU